AUGCAGCCUUGGGAGCAGGUAGUGAAAAAGCUGAAUGCUUUGGAACACGACGUUCCGGAACAAAUUUCUCUUCAAAAGCAAUUGGACUUUCUGGAUGGGUUUGUCUUGAAAAUCGAAGAAGAAAAGCUUUCUCAUAAUUUAACUGCAUUACUGCCAUAUCUGUCGCCAAAAGAAAAAUGGAUAAAUUUUGAAAACAAUGAGUUGGAUUUUGAGAUCAGGAAACCAUAUUGUGAGCGAGCAUAUCGACUCCUGAGUAUAUUUCAGGAGGAAAUUAAACAAUUUGUGAAAGAAAAAGAUAAUUGGGAGCUCCUUCUGACGUUAAUUUCGCUUCGAGAUAUUAAAUAUAAGCCUUUUGAGGUUUAUUCUGUUCACAUCGUUGACAAUACACUGGCAUUGAUAUCCACAGAGGAGAAGGAAGACUUCCAAAACUAUGUUUUGGAUUAUCAGUCUUCUCUUUUUUCCCGAGAUGAUCGCUUAACAGGACAAGGAAGGCGAUACGCAUAUGAACUUCCUCCUGAAAAAUUCAGACAAGAUCAAACAGCUGCACUCCUGGAACCAUCAUGGAAGUCAAAAAACUUUUUUAUUCCUGGAGUAUUACAUUGGGUUAUUAGCAACCAAAAUCGCUUUACAAUUCGAGAUAGAUGGCAUAAAGUGAUUCCAUCAGUGCUGCGAAUUUUGAAUGAUCUCAAUCCAAUGGUGAAACAAAAGGGCUUGAUGCUAGUUAAGUCAACACUAGAUGUAUCAGGGAUUGAAUUUUUGAUUCAUACGGGACUAGCGGAGAUUCUACGUGAAGACCUUAUGCUGUUCUAUACAUUUUUGCCCCCACGAUAUAAAGCCGAGACAUGUUCUUCCCUUAUAAAUUUUUCAUUUCAUUUAUUAAUUCAGUUUGAGAAAGAAAUGCCAGACUUGCUGGAUAAACUGUUUCUGGACGGUGUUAUGUACAUCUUUCAGUUCGCCUCAGACAGCAUUCCCAUGAUUCGUCUCGCUUUUUUGGAAUGCAUGCAUCUCAUGAAGAAACUGAACCAUAGAUUUUUGAGAUACCUUACUACAACUUUGGAUCAACUUUGUUUAAGGAUCGAGAACCCAUUGCUUUGUAACGCUCCGGAGUUCCUGUUAUUCCUUUUGGAAACGCUACAGUCAUUCUUAAAAGUUUAUUAUUACCGUGUAUCCUCCCAUCAUGCACAGAUUCUUAUUUCACUAGUGUCUUCAUAUAGGAAUUGUGCCCAUACAAAUUUGAAAGAACUAAAUUCAUGCAAAGGAUUAAUUACAGAAAUCCUUCGAUUCGUUGAAAAUAACUUAACGGAAUCUCAGAAACUGGAUUAUCAGGCUGUAAUACCUUUAGUGGAACGCCCACCUGCUUGA